UACUAAAAGAAAAGAACACAACAAGUAAGAUAGAAGAAAUUCAGGAAACACACACACAAAAAAACAAAAAAAAAAAUGCCAAAAAUCAAACAGUUGGAAGUGGGGUAAGGUAAGCUAAUAAAUGUGAUGAUCAGCAUGAUAAUCCCCAAAAAAGGGCAAGGAUCCAACGAGAGUAUCAUCUCAGCAGCAGCAGACUCAGGGCUAUUUAUGUAUCCCUCCUCCUCACCCCAAUACAACAAAUUCCCUUGUUUUCUCCCCCCCUCAAAAAACCACCUCCCUAACUAACCAAUUCCCAAAACCCCCCCAUCCCUUGUCAUCACUUCAACUCUUUAAAGUAUAUAUCAUUUCUUCUCCAGCCCAUCUUUCUUGGGCACUCUCCUUUCCUCCCACCGUAUUGGCAUAAUAUGGAAGGCGGUGGAAUUAAGUCGGAAAGUAGUAAAGAUUACACACAAGAUGGCACUGUUGAUCUUCAUGGCCAACCUGUUCUUGCUCAUAAGACUGGCAAAUGGAAAGCUUGUUCUUUUCUUGUUGGUAUGAAUUCUUUCUCCCUCUAAUUCAAUCUGCUUAACUCCUUAUGUAACAUGUUUAUCUUUCUUUUUUUUUUAAGUAUUCGAUUCCAGUCUCCAUUAGCAGAGAAAAAACGUUCCCUGAAAAAACAGUAUCACUAUUCACUAGUGAAGUUUGAACUCUCCACUUGUGAAAAAUAGAUGACUAGAUUACUGCCCAGCUAUACCAUUCUUGAAACUACUCCAUCAGUUUCAGUUAUUGUGCUUUAGUACUUUAUUCAUGCUUUAGUUACUUGUUCCUACCUAUGAUUGUAGCCAGACAAAAAUUUGUCGUAUAUGUUUAUCAAACUUGCCGGGCCGUUUAUUUCCUUCUUUUGGAGCUGAUCUUCCAACUCUGAAUUAAUCAAAAUCAUACCAGAAAUGGAAUAAUCCUGGGGGUUGUAUGUUAGAUGAUCAAAAACAUCAAAGCCCGGAUUAACUUAUGAUAUCACAUGCAAAGUGAGGGACAAAAGCUGUAAUCAUCAUUCAUUAAGGAUAACUAGUGCUUCCGUCAUACUAUAUUUAGUGCCAAAAUGGUGAGUGGUCUCGCUCUUAUGUGGCCAAGUGGUGGCUCGAUAGCCUUAGACCUAGAUUUCCCCACCACCUUAAUGUGGUCAACAUGAUCAUGACCACAUUGAUUUGUAGCUUUUUUUUUUAUUUAAGGCAUAAUGAUUUUGUUUCUUUUAUUUUAAAAUGAGAUCUUACUUCUUUUCACAAAUUGUAUCUAAUUAAAUCCAAAUAUAAUAAUUAUUGUUAAACAUAAUGUUACAAUAUAUUUAUUGGUGGCAGGGUAUGAAGCAUUUGAGAGGAUGGCUUUCUAUGGGAUUGCAUCAAAUUUAGUGGUGUAUUUGACAACUCAACUUCAUGAAGACACUGUUUCUUCCGUUAGAAACGUUAACAAUUGGUCCGGGUCAGUUUGGAUGACGCCUAUCUUGGGUGCCUAUAUUGCGGAUACUUAUUUAGGUCGCUUUUGGACCUUCACCAUUUCCUCUUUAAUUUAUGUCAUGGGAAUGGUGAUGCUAACCAUGGCAGUUUCUGUUAAGUUUUUGAGACCAACAUGUUUCAAUGGAAUAUGCAACAAGGCAUCUAGUUUACAAGUGGCGUUUUUCUACGUUUCCCUCUACAUAAUUGCAAUUGGAGCCGGGGGAACCAAACCCAAUAUAUCCACAUUUGGUGCUGACCAAUUUGAUGAUUUCAACCCCACUGAGAAACAGUUCAAGCAAUCCUUUUUCAAUUGGUGGAUGUUCAGUGCUUUCAUUGGUGCCCUUUUCGCCACCCUUGGACUUGUGUACAUUCAAGAAAACUUGGGUUGGGCAUUAGGGUAUGGUAUCCCCACGGUCGGACUUGUCAUUUCCCUCAUCUUGUUUUAUGUUGGUACCCCGUUUUAUAGGCACAAAGUUAAGAAAACAAAGAGCCCCAUGGCUGACUUCCUCCGUGUCCUAAUCACCGCAAUUGCCAACAGAAAGCUUGAGCUUCCUAUUCAUCCAUCCGAGCUUCAUGAGCUUGACCAACAUUAUUAUAUCACCACCGGAAGACGCCAAAUUCAUCACACUGCUGUUUUUAGGUUUUUGGACAAGGCUGCGAUUAGGCCGGCCGGUCAAGAUAAGCCGUCCAAGGAUCCAUGCACGGUGACCCAAGUGGAGGAAUCAAAACUAAUUCUAGGAAUGACAAUGAUAUGGCUGGUGACCCUGAUUCCGAGCACCAUUUGGGCUCAAAUCAAUACUCUGUUCGUGAAACAGGGCACCACUUUAGACCGGCAUUUGAGUAAAAACUUUCAGAUUCCGGCAGCAUCUCUCGGAAGCUUUGUUAUACUCUCAAUGCUCGUAGCCGUACCUUUCUAUGACCGGUAUUUCGUGCCGUUUGUGAGAAAGAAAACAGGGAAUCCGAGAGGAAUCACAUUGCUCCAGCGGCUCGGAAUCGGAAUCGCAAUCCAACUUCUGGCGAUUGCGGUUGCUUACGUUGUGGAAGUGAAGCGGAUGCGCGUCAUAAAAGAGCACAAAAUCAAAGGGCCUAAUGAAAUAGUCCCCAUGACAGUUUUAACUCUGCUUCCGCAGUAUAUUUUGUUGGGAAUUGCAGACAUUUUUAACGCCAUUGGGUUGCUGGAAUUCUUCUAUGAUCAAUCCCCUGAAGACAUGAGAAGCCUUGGGACGAGUUAUUUUACGAGUGGGAUCGGAAUUGGGAAUUUCUUGAACAGCUUCUUGGUGACGGUGGUCGACAGAGUGUCGGGGAGGAAUGGAAGAGGGAAGAGUUGGAUUGGGAAGAAUCUGAAUGAUUCGCAUUUGGACUAUUACUAUGGGUUUCUUUUGGUCAUUUCUGUUAUAAAUCUGGGGAUCUAUUUGUGGGCGUCCAGGAAAUAUGUGUAUAAGAGAGAAUCCAACGAAGUUAAGGUUGGUUGUAUAGAAUUAGAUGACAAGCCCAACGAGAAAGUGCCUGUUUAGUUAUGUCGUUUGUUAGGGUUUUGUUAACUGGAAUUUAACCUGAUUUUUCCGCUUGAUGGAAUUAAUCCUGCAUUGUAAUAAAAAUCUCAUCUGAUUUUUUUUUUUUCUCUUGUGCAUAAAUUUACUCAUUAUGGAAAAAUUUUGGGUUUACG